ACCCGACCUGUCCAGACGGCAGCAGCUUCAUCAGGCCCCUUUGCCUUGAAAACUCGUGGAACUCUAGAAGACAUAAACCCUGCGAAUCAGCUAAUCAUUUCCUACCUUGGCCGAAACGCUCGGUUUCCUCAGCAGAACGCAACUUUUUCAAGAUGGACUUGAACAACUUGAAAGACGCCGUCUCCAACCUGACGCUCUACGACCUCAAGGCAGGCGUACGGAAGGUCCAAAAUGCUGUCAUGAACUACACCGAGAUGGAGGCGAAGGUACGGGAAGCAACAAACAACGAACCUUGGGGGGCGUCGUCAACAUUGAUGCAAGAAAUUGCCAAUGGCACAUUUAGCUACCAAACCCUAAACGAGAUCAUGCCCAUGAUCUACCGACGGUUCACCGAGAAGGCGGCCGAGGAGUGGAGGCAGAUUUACAAGGCGCUUCAGCUGCUCGAGUUCCUGAUUAAGCACGGUUCAGAGCGAGUCAUCGACGAUGCCCGAUCCCACCUCACCCUAUUGAAGAUGCUGCGCCAGUUCCAUUUUAUCGACCAGAACGGGAAGGAUCAGGGUGUCAACGUCAGGAAUCGCGCCAAGGAACUCUCCGAUCUGCUGAGCGACGUCGACCGCAUCCGCGCGGAGCGCAAGAAGGCCCGAUCAAACAAGGCGAAGUACACCGGCGUCGAGGGCGGCAUAGGCGGGGGCUUCUCCGGGAGCAGCCGCUUCGGCGGAUUCGGGAGCGAGUCGGGUGGUGGAUAUGGCGAUAACUCUGGGUAUGGGGGCUACUCGGGCGGCGUCUAUGGAGACGGGGGCGGUUUCGGUGGACAAUCCAGCGAUUUCCGAGACGGCCAAGCGCGGGGGGGCGCGGACAGGUUCGAAGAGUACGACGAAUUUGACGAGGGCGAGCGCCCCGGAGCUUCCCCAGGCCCGCCUCGAGCCAAGCGGACGGUCGAGAGGGCAGGAGUGAAGAAGACGACGGAGCCUCCAAAGAAGAAGGAGCCCGAAGUAGACCUCUUCUCCUUUGACGAGCCGGCAGCGCCUUCCAUCCCUGCGGUGCCCGCAGCGGCCCCGUCGAAUGGCUCAGGCCUCGCAUCUCUGAGCACGCCCGCAGACGACGACGAGUUUGACGACUUCCAAUCCGCAACCCCGUCGACCCAGACCGCGGCUCCUCAGUACUCCAUGGCAAGUCCGCUCGCCCCUCCCCCCUUCACGUCCACGGCAUCUGGCGCCCAAUUUGCCGCCCCUCAGCCAGUGUCGGCCCCGAAGCAGGCAGACCUGGGCAACAUGGUCGGGCUGUCGUCCAUCUCCCCUCCCGCGAGCUCGGCCGGCCCCAACUACUCCGCCUUCAACGCUCCUCUCAUGGCAAGCCCGACAUCCUCCUCACAGCCACUCAAGCCGGCCGGAUACCAAGCAUCGGCACCGAACUACUUCCAGUCCGUGCCAGUCCUGGGAUCGCAGCAAUCGAUCCCGUCGUCCCUCGGCGGAGCCAAGCCUGCUGCUGCCCCGGCCGCCGCCAGACCCGCCCCCAAGGGCGACGCCUUUGGCGCCCUGUGGAUGCAGGCCGGCGUGGGAGCUAAGAAGACGGGCACACAGGGGUCCGGACCCGCUAUGGGCCAGCUAGCGAGGGAGAAGAGCAGCGCCGGCAUCUGGGGGGCGCCGGCGUCGUCCUCGUCGACUCCGAAGCCGGCUGCUGGCGGCAAGCCAAUGGGUGGCUCGAGCAACGGGCUUGAUGAUCUCCUAGGAUAAGAGCGCAGCGCGCCCAAUCGGGCU